AGGUGGUGUGGGAGCCUCGCAGGAGGCGGUACGAGGGCAAGGUGACUUCCCUGUCGCCUCGCCUCGCCUCGCCUCGCCUCGCCUCCUCUCCUCGCUCCUCGCUCCUCCUGUCCUGUCUCUCCCUCCCUUCGAUCUCCUGCCUUCCACCUCCCUCUCUUCGAUCUCCUGCAGGUGAACAUGCACCUCCCCGAUGCGUGGGGUCUCGUCAAGUUCGCGCCGCACGCCGCCGCCGACGCGGGAGAGACCACCCUGCCGGCCGACAGCGGCGCCGUGGCAGGCACCGCCCUCCUCCUCGUUGCUCGACGCAGAGGCGACGGGCGUCUGUUGCCGAGCCCUCACGCGAGUCGAGCUGUGAAUAGCGCACGCGGCGGCGAUGAGCGUCUACUACGCGCAGCACGCGCACAGGGAGCAGCUCGGCGCCUUCGCGCCUUCCGUCGCGGCGCUGCGAGCCCGCGCGCUCCUCGACGAGCACGAGGGAAGCGCCGGGAGGUGCGAGGUGGAGGUGAGCGCCGAGGCUGGCGCGGCCCCCCCAAAGGCGGGGGAGGCCUUUACUGCAUGUGCCCCGGACGCCCAAAGCGGCGUGAGCGUUUCAGUCACGCACGACCGGGGAGUCCGCGUCAAGGGGACUAUCAUUUAGCCCCCCCCCCCCCCCC